UUCUGUUCGCUAUGUGUCCACCGGCAGCACGCGCGCUCCCUGCGCUCCUGCUCGCGCUCUGCUCCCUCAGCCCGAUGCUCACAGCAUUUAAACCACUCCAUCCACGAAAUGUGAAGCUAACGUCAGUGGAGAAGGGAUUAAGGGUGACAUGGGACCCGCCUAAUGAGUUGGACGGUCGGCCAGUGGAUCGAUACAGUAUCGGCUACGGCAAGUCUAUGAGGUCUCUGCGCUUCAUCAAGGUGGACAAGGACCGCCGCUCCGAGGUACUAGAGGACGUAGAGCCUGGAGUCCUGCACUUCCUCAAGAUCAAUUCUGAGAAUGAGGAGGGAAUGAGUAAACCAGUCUACAGAGCAGAAACUCCAGGAGGUGGAGAGUGGGUAAAACUGGAUGGCUUUGCAGUCGAAGGUGGAUCUUCUGCAAACGGCUCCUCGCCAGGUAGGAGGUCAUCUGAGCUCUCCUCUCAGAUAAGCCCUCGCCCUACAGUUCAGAGACCGACACUUUUACGGCAGAGGGCCCCACAAUCCUCCUCAGGCCCUGAGGCUCCGCGCAGAGGAGGAUACCUGCCCAUACGCUCUCAAAACAAACAUAGGGUGGAUCUCAGUCAGCCCCAGGCAGACCAACGCAAUGCUAACAAACCCAAACUUGCAUCUGAGUCCAUCCAUGUGAUAUCACUGCAGGCACAGAAAGCACCACAGAGGAACAUACCAGUAAUCAAGACAGAAAACCCUCCUCCAGAGCGAGAUGUAGUGGAGGACGUGGAAGACAUCACAGUGAGGAUUCUGUCUCCCCAGUCUGUUGUAAUCACAUGGGUGGAUCCACUUGUCCAGAAACAGAAAAGUGUCCCUGAAGGUACCAGGCAAUACACUGUCAGAUAUAGAGAGAAGGGAGAGUCUGCUCGGUGGGAAUAUAAGGAGACCUCACAGAGGCGGCUCGUGAUUGAGAAGCUCUCUGCCGAUGGAAUGUAUGAAUUUUCUGUUCGAAUCACUCAGGGAGACCAACAUGGAAAAUGGAGUGUAUCUGUAUUCCAAAGGACUCCUGAAUCAGCUCCCUCUGGCCCUCCUGAGAACUUUGAGGUGCGACCACUUAGAGGGAAAGGUACAGCGGUGACUGCAACAUGGGAUCCACCUGAUGAGCCCAAUGGUAAAAUCAGAGAAUAUAUCCUGUCCUAUGCUCCAGCCCUGAAACCCUUUGGAGCAAAGUCAGUAACAUAUCGUGGCACUACUACCUCAGCCACCAUAGAUGGACUGACACCUGGUGAUCGCUACAUCUUCAGAAUUCGAGCAGCUAACAGGAAGGGGCAAGGACCACAGUCUAAAACCUUGAGUGUUGCAAUGCCGGGAACCAGCACUACUGCCUCACGGCAUUCCACUCAGUCCAAGAGCCCCUCCAGAACAUCUGAAUAUGAUGACUCAGAGGAUCAGGAUACAGAAGACACAGAAGAAUCGCAAACCCAUACCACUACUUCUCCACCCACGAACAAGAAAUUCCGUCCCCUUUCUCAAACACGGUCUUAUCACAGCAUUUUUUCAUCUGUAAGAGGCUCUGUCCGGAAUUCAGGUUCCAGCUCUAGGACAAGCAUUAGCAGUGACAAAGAAAGAAAUGAAGAAGAAACACCAACAGACACUCCAAAAGAAGAUGAAGCAACAGCAAAUGAAGCUGUUGAGGAUAUACAACCUGAAAAUACUAACAAUGUUCCGUCUAAAACUGGGAAGGAAGAACAACCGAAAGUUUCAGCUGGAGCUAAGGAACCAAGUUCUAUUCUUAGAAGUUCAUUACUAAAGACACAUUCUUCCCCUCCAAUGCCCAAAGAGGGCCAUCACCAAUCUCAGUCGUUGACACCUCGCACGUCGGUUGUCAAUGCCGGCCGUUUAAGACGGCCACCCUUUAGUUCCUCACGGUCAAGGAAUCAGAAAGGAGCAUCUUCCAGUUUACCCAACAGCCAAGACCCUGUAGUCUCAAAGAAAGUCCACACCAUCUUAUAUCCUGAAGACAAGGUCAGUACUACAGCAGCAAAAUCAUCCACCCCAUCACCUCAUGAAACCAAGAUGGAAACAGAGAGAGAGUCAUCAUCUUUAUCAUUGUCUUUGCCAUUGUCAUCAGCUGGGACAAGUAGAGUUUCUACCCCAACAAGUCAUGCCAGUAGCUCAGGGACUGGUCCUGUUUAUCCAAAUGGCAGAAGGGUAAUUCAAACUAAGGGUCACAGAUAUCAGACAAGUCGACAAAAAACAGCUUUAAUUUCGUCUGCUUUAUCACAAGCUUCAACAGGAUCCAGUACUGGCUAUCAGGAUAGCCGCUCAACCAGCAUCGUGGAUACAAAACACGACAAUAAAAAUGAUCACAAAAUAAAGGUUAAAAAUAAUGACGACCCACCUGACUCUUAUCAAUAUACCACUACUCUUUCCCCUUCAAUCAAAGAAGAGACUACUCAGGACCUUGGUAACAAGAAUUAUAAAGACAAGGCUGUUAACAGUUAUUUGCCUUCAUCUCAGAGUCCUUCUACAGCAAGUCCAGGACAUAGUUCCUCCCUCUCUAACAGAAAUUCCAGGGUCGUAGUUGGAAGUAGUCAGAGAAAAGAUGGCAGGAUCCCAUGGAGCAGGACUGCUUCUUCUGUAGGUGCAGGGAGGCCAAUUCUGAGAGGAAUGCCAUCCAAUCCAACAGCCACAGGAGGGCAUGUCAGUGGUAAAAACAAAACCUCCCCAACAACCUACACCACAAAGCAUUUGGAUGACUCGAACCUUGCAAAACCCACUGUGAACAGCAGACAACCAGUUUCAAACAAUGGACAGACAACUUCUAAUGAUCACACUGACAAAGAAGACACAAACCCUAGCAAUGAUCACAAACAUGAUUACCUCUCUGAGGUCAACAAAGAAACUCGUGAGAUUAGCAAUACGAAUUCUGUCCCAACUGCAUCCCCCAAAACAAUUGCCUCGGAUGAUAAAGAGGUUCAACGAUCUGGUAAAACCUCUCAGAGCAACUCACCCUAUAUGACUCUCAAUAGACUUGGUUUAGGUUCAAAUGGAAAGGUUCGUUCUGCUCUCCUCGAAAGGUUGCGUGGAAGGUUACAGACAGUACAAAAUACACAAUUGGGCUCUGCUGCCAAACAGAACGCCUCUUCAUCACCCGUUUCAGCUUCUUCAUCCUCUUCUGCCUCCCAGACCAUGGAACACAAAGCUUCACCUUCAGAUCACAGUACAGAUGGUAGCCAAAAUGCUAAUGUUAGAUCAACCAUGGGAUCGGCCUCACGAUCAUCGCUGAAGCAAACUGCUACUGAUCAAAAUUCUGGUGGCGACACACCAACUGAUUUCAAGACCUCCUUAACAGCUCCAGCUAGAAAUCCGGUAGUCAGAUCACGCUAUCCAAGCAGACCUGACAAAAAUUCAAGAGGAAAAACCCCAGUCAGCUUGCACAAACCUAGUUAUGGGCAAGGCAAGAAUGGGCGGCCGAAUCUUACUGCUACAAAUGGCAAAAUUGCAUCUACAUCGGAUGAAAACAAAAAAGGAAAUGGAGUCAAAUAUAUUACAGGCCCCGAUGGAACCAGAUGGGUUGUAGAUCUGGAUAAAGGAGUCCUAAUGAACGAAGAAGGAAAAGUUUUGCAGGAUUCUAGAGGACGGCCCAGGAAAGUCGUCGUUGGAGAAGAUGGAAAAACUAUUUUCGAUGAGCAGGGUACCCCGUUAGUAAACCAGGAAGGGAUGGCUUUGUUUGGUAAUGGGAGGGACGGUCGGCCUGUGGUUAACCCCAGAGAUAAGUACCUCACUGUUGGAGGGAAGCCAGUGGUGGGCCUGGAUCGUCCUACACCCAGUACUACAACCACAACAACCACAACAACUACACCUACACCUACAACUACAACUACAACUACAACCACCACCACAACCACUGCUGAAUCAACAACAACAGAAAUUACAACUCUGGAGUCCACAACUGAAGCAUUGCCUACCUGCCCCCCUGGAACAUUUCCGAGGCUGGAUAUGAACGGCAUUCCUAUGAUGGAUGUUUAUGGAAUACUGGACUGCUACCCAAGUGAUGAGUUUUUGAUGGAGACCACCAUGUUCCCUACCACCACUCAGGUGCCCACUACCACUCAUACCCCCACUACCGAGUUCCGCUUCUUCAACCACAGCCCAUCCUCUGACUUUGAUGUUGCCGGCAAGAAACGCUUCACAGCUCCAUAUGUGAACUACAUCCAGAAGGAUCCUGGCGCGCCGUGUUCCCUGACUGAGGCCCUAGAAUACCUGCAGGUGGAUGUCCUGGCUGAUCUCAUUGAGAAGGACAGGGGCACAACCAGCCAAAAGCAGCCUCCCAAAUACAAGCCCCAUAACAUCACUGUGAUCGCCAUGGAGGGCUGUCACUCAUUUGUUAUUUUGGACUGGGCCCGUCCAUUGAAGGAUGACAUGGUGUCAGGGUACAUGGUGCAGAGUGCUUCCUAUGAUGAUGUCCUGAACAACAGAUGGUCAUCUACUCUCUCAUCUGGCACCCAUCUAGCUGUGGAGAACCUCAAGCCAAACUCCAGGUAUUACUUCAGAGUUCAAGCAAAGAACGUGUUUGGUCUAGGGCCGAUCAGCGAAACAUUAACUUAUGUUACAGAAUCAGAUAACCCUCUUCUUAUUGAGAGACCUCCAGGUGGCGAGCCUAUUUGGAUUCCUUUUACCUUUAGGUACAACCAUGCCCACAGUUCCUGUAGAGGAAGUCAAUUUGUCAAGCGCACCUGGUACAGGAAGUUUGUAGGUGUGGUCCUGUGCAACUCACUGCGCUACAAGAUCUUUAUGGGAGAUGGACUAAAGGAAACUUUCUACAGUAUUGCUGAUUCUUAUGGCAAUGGAGAAGACCACUGUCAGUUUGUAGACUCACAUUUGGAUGGAAGGACAGGAUCACAAACCCUUUCCCUCUACCUACCCCAAGCUCAAGGUUACUAUCGCUCGUAUAGACAAGAGCCUGUAAAUUUCGGGCCCAUAGGCAGGCGUACGCCUCAUCAGUUUGUGGGCUGGUAUGAGUGUGGGGUCCCAAUCCCUGGGAAAUGGUAACAGAGGACAUUCUGAAUGCCAGCUAUCACUGGCAGCUCCAUUUCAUCCUACUACAACCUCUCUGUUUGCCAAGUCCAUAAAUGAACUUUUGCCAACCGCAGCAAGUACAGCCUAAACCAACAUACGGUUUCUGUCAGAGAGGAUAUAAUACUUAAAAUAACAUUUUCUCUAUAACUGUUUCAAUAUAAAGCACUUUUUUUUUUUAAAGCAGUCUGUAUAUGAGGAAAUACAAGCAUGUGUGCUCAAAUUAUUAACAACAUUAUCAGGAACAUUGUAUCCUGAAUAAUUGCCAGUGACUUUAAUGGCUUUGACGGCUUCUUAUUACUGCUGGUAAUAUUAAGUAGUUUGAUACAAACCAAAAGCCUUACAAUUUUUUAUACAAUAAUGAUGUAACAAAUUGUCCGUGAUUACUUCUUUUGUAAUUUUUAAUAACUUUGCUAUUUGUUUUGUAUUCAUGUCUUCUAUCCUCUUAGCUUGAAUGGCAGUUGGCUUGGAAAUAUUGCCCAUAUUAGGGCAGAUAAAAAGGUAAUUUUAUUUGCUCAGGAAAGGUCAAAUACUGAAUAAAGUUACUAUGUACAUCACUAAAGUUUUAUGUUACACAGACAAAAUAAUGUUAGCAUUUUAAUAUGUGAGGAAAAUUUUACUUUAAAUGAGGGGGCGAUUUCAUCGAGCGGACCAAAUGAUCUAUCGGCCCCCUGAUACUAUUCUAUGUCUGCGUGCUCCUGAUCACCUAGCAUCUGACAAUUGUCUUUCGGCUCAUCACGUGAAAAGAAUUAGCAAGCAAUUUGAACAGGUGAGAGAAAAGUAAGUAAGUUGGUCAUUAUCACAUUGAUGCUCCGGCUAUACUGGACACUGUAUAGUAUAAUUAUAACAUUGUCAUCAUCGUUAACAACACUUUGUUUAACUAACAAUGCGAGUCACUUAUUUCCCUUGUCCACCCAUGUUGUAAGAAGAAUCGUAUAUGGUUAAUUAAUUUGAGAUCAGAAUCCAUUGAUAUUUAGCAGUCAUCUCAAAUGAAUUUCAUAUUUUCUACGGACAACAUUUCUACCACAUCCAGAAACAACAAUUCACUAUCUUUACUGCCGUGCACUUGUGUAGUUUUGGAGCUGAAUUGUAUGCUCUUCAUACUACUGUCUGGAAACUAUUAUUAUCUCAAGGACCGGCAGUUCUUUAUUGCAAAAGUCAAACACGUUUGUGUUUUACUUGGCAUUUAGGAAAAAUGUAUCCGGCAGUUCAUACAAAGGGGAAAUCCGAGGUUAACUAGCUCAAUUAUAUCUCUUUUGGACAGCUAUAUUUUUUUUUUCCAUUGAUUUUAGUGACAGUAAUUGUUUUGUUUAAAGGAUGGACCAUAGCAAACCGGAGCAUAUUUUGCAUUAAUUUCAACUCCGGAAAAAAGACAUGCUCCAGAGGUAGUCUGUUUUUUAUCCCGCUUUGUUUAAACUGGUUGUCUGGGACCAUAUUGCCAUUAUCAAGCACAGCAUGGUUUGGAAUAGUUAACGACAUGGGUUACAUAAUAAUGCAUGUGCUGUUUGUCACUACCAAUCAAUCCAUGGAAAUGAAAAAAUACUGGAGAUCACAUCAACAUCCAGUAAUAAGUAAAACAUCACUGUCAAUACUGAGUGUUGAAGUGUACGGUACAGCAACCUUUGCCUAUGGUUGAGUCUACAAAAUAUCAAUAUUUAAAUAAAAAAAAAUUAAUUUUAGUGGUUAAAAUGUAAUAAAAUUACGAUUAAAGAAUCCAAACAAUGUUUCCUAAUGCGAUUCAUUUUAAAAUACAAUUCUGAAGAACUAGGAUUAAACCAUAAUGAUAAAUAGGAUCAAACCUGCUAGUAACAGCCAUACAAUAUCUCAAAUGAUCUCAGUUCAGAGGAUAAAACUUUGGAAAUAGCUUUGCAGCCAUCCUGCGUAUGGUCAUGUCUCUUGUGGAAAAAACAAACACUAUAUACGUUCUGUGUGACGAAAAAUUGUAAUGUUUAUUCAAGAGUUUUGUUGAUCGGAUGAUGAGAUGCACAGAGGAAGCUGGUGAAUCAGUGAAAAGACUAGUUUCUAUCGAUUUCCUCAACAAAAAUCAGUUUGUUUAGGUUCUUUGAACUUGCAUGAAGUUUACAAACACUGAUUAUUAUUAUAUAUAUGUCACUUAAGCCCCCACGAUCAUCUAGACUGUAAUUACCCUGUAAUAUCCACCUAUUACUACAACUGAAAUUGAUUCAUUUCAAUCGUCUCUCUAAUAUGGGCGGCUGUGGAUCAGGUGGUAGAGCGGGUCGUCCACUAAUCGUAGGGUCGGCGGUUCGAUUCCCGGCCCACGUGACUCCACAUACCGAAGUGUCCUUGGGCAAGACACUGAACCCCAAGUUGUUCCCGAUGGCAAGUUAGCGCCUUGCAUGGCAGCUCUGCUACCCUUGGUGUGUGUGUGUGUGUGUGUGUGUGAAUGGGUGAAUGAGACACAGUGUAGAGCACUUUGGAUAAAAGCGCUCUAUAAGUGCGCCAUUUACCAUUAAUAUGUCAACCCCUUGCAUACUCUCUAGCACAAUUGCUAAUGAUUUAUCUGCAUUAAACUUAUCCUCUGUAUAUUUACCAACUCAAGAAUUCUUGGCAAGUCUCAUGAAAAUCAACUAAACAUAAUGUGUGAAGUGAAUAGCACGUGUAAUGACUAAUAUUCUGAGAUUAAACAUAUGAUAAUGAUAAUGCUGCAUAGUUUUCUUUCAAAGAAAUAUUUUUGAACAUUACAACU